UCUAACUAGUCUUCAUUUUGUCUCUGCAAACCGGUUUCUGCUGCAUCAAUUGUGCUAAAUUUAAUCAUAAAGUUGAGCUGUUUAUUCAAAUAUUUACAUAUUUAAUGCUAUAUAUACAUAGAAAGAGAGAGCUAGGUUGAAGAUCGGUGGAGUUUGGAGAAAUGGCGGGUUUUGAGUUUGCGAUAGCAAUGGCGAUUGUGAUUGCUGCUGCUGCAUUGAAUUCAAAUGUGAUUGAAGGAAAAAGCAUGUUGAAGAGCAUGCAUUUGAGCUGGGGCACUCAACGCUCUGGAUUUCUUCAGCCCGCCGGUAGAGAUGAUGUUACGCUCCUCCUCGAUCCUGUCUCCGGUUCUGGAAUCCAAUCGAAGGAUCAAUUUUUGUUUGGAACGGUUGAGAUGCAGAUCAAGCUUGUUCCUGGAGACUCCGCUGGCACUGUUACUUCAUUCUAUCUAUCUUCUCUAGGGGCGAAGCACAACGAAGUCGACUUUGAGUUUCUAGGAAAUGUAACGGGACAACCCAUCAUUAUACACACCAACAUCUAUACGCAAGGAGCCGCUGGCAGAGAAGUGCAGUUUUACCCGUGGUUCGACCCCUCUGAAGACUACCACAACUACACCAUCCAUUGGUCUCCCUCUCGCAUCGUGUGGUUCGUGGAUAAUAUUCCGAUUAGAGUAUACAGAAACUAUCUACACGAAGGAAUCCCGUACCCGGACCUGGACCAGCCGAUGAGGGCGUACUCAAGCAUUUGGAAUGCGGAUAGCUGGGCGACGAGAGGCGGCCUGGACAGGAUCAACUGGAGCAAAGCACCCUUCGUCGCCAAGUUGCGCAAAUUUCGUGCUCGGGCUUGCAAGUUUGAAGGAAGCACGAGCGUUGGGAAAUGUACAGCAGCUGCUGCGGCGAGUACAACCUUGGAGCUCGGCCUUGAUGGUCAGAGCCAAAUGGAGCUGAUCAGAUAUAAAUCUUUGAUCUAUGAUUAUUGCGAAGAUGAUGAUCGAUACAAGGGAUUAUUUCCUGGUGAGUGUUUCAAACCACAAUAUUAAGGGAUGUACGUAAUUUAGAAUUAUUCAAUUAACGUGUAUUUCUCUUUUAUUUAUUUACAUAUAUUCUUUCUAGGAUAAAAAAGAUCGUUAUUGGAGCUA